AAAACAAAAACAGAAAAAACAUUUUGAAAAAAAAAAAAAAAAACAAUCAGAGUCAGUAAAUGGAGAAGCGACUCCGUUCCUCUCUCCAAUCCUCAGCCGAAGAGUUCCUCUCCUUAGCCCAAAAACAAAGCCUCAAAUCCUCAAAACCCAUUCUCAAAUCCCUAAUUCACAAAAUCACUCCCAAUUCAGACCUCUCUUCCUCUCUCCCCAUCUCUCUCCACCGCUCCAUUUCUCACUCCAUCGAAUCCUUCCAGAAGCUUCUUCAACCUAACCCUAGAAGAAGCCCUAACCCUAGCCCCUCCAAGUCCCCUCCUACAAAGCGACCCCGAAGAUCUUCGCGCCAUUCCAAGACGCCGGUGGAGCCCGAACCGGACCGCCAUGAAUUCGAUGUUGGCAAAGAAAAGAAGAAGCUUUUCAAGGACCUUGAAAUUCUCGCUCAUAUCGCGGUUCUAUGCGUCGCGCACCCCAAAAAGGCGUUCUCGCCGUCCGAUCUGCUCCCCGGAGUUCGCGCAUUGCACGAUAAUUUGAUUCUCUUUGAUUCGGAGUCGGUUCUGAUAUCGGAGAUAGCGAAUUUGUGCGAGGAGUGGUGGAAGGAGAAUUUGCCUGGGCGAGAGACUUUGAUUUCUCAGUCUCUACCUUUCUUGCUGUCCAAGUCACUGACGUUGAAGAGGAAAGUGGAUCUUCACAGAGUGUAUUCGCUUCGCGAGGCGUUUGCUUUGUUCGAUUAUGAGGACGAGAGCAUCGAGGACUUGAAGCUCUUGCUGAUUCGGUGCGUGAUUGCGCCGCUAUAUUUGAAAACCGACGAUGGGAGGCGGUUCUUGGCGUUUGUGUUUGGGCUGAGCAAUCAGCUUGUGAAGGAAAUGUUGGCUAUUAUUCGGUCUCAGAUUCCGUUUGGGCGUAAAUCGAUGCUUGAGGCGUUUGGGGAUAUACUGUUUCGGGCUUGGAAAGCCGCAGAAGGGGAUUCCAAGGAUGAGCUUGAGGAUGGUUUUUUGCAGGGUUUGAUUGAUGGUGCGAUACACGCGAGUUCACCAGCAUUGGCUGCAUCUAUUAGGAGGGUUUUGGGAGGGUUUAUAAGCCAGCGGACCACCGAGGGGGUCGAGAAACUUCUUUUUAGGCUUGCUGAGCCAGUGAUUUUUCGGUCUCUACAGGUUGCAAAUUCUAAUGUUCGCCAAAAUGCAUUGCAUUUGCUUUUGGACAUGUUUCCUCUAGAAGAUCCUGAUAGCACAAAAGAGGUGAAAGAUACAUUACUAGAUAAACAGUUCUUUUUGUUGGAGAGAUUACUUGCGGAUGAUUGUCCGGAUGUAAGGGUAGUGGCAGUGGAAGGUUCCUGCCGCAUCCUUCAUUUAUUUUGGGAAAUCAUACCUUCAGCAUCCAUAACAAAGACAAUUACGAAAAUUUUUGAUGACAUGUCACAUGAUAUAUGCAUUGAGGUUAGGCUCUCCACAUUGAAUGGUAUCAUUUACUUGCUUGGAAAUCCCCAAUCUCAUGAAAUUCUUAAAGUGCUUCUACCAAGAUUGGGGCAUCUAAUGCUGGAUAACGCCGUUUCCACACGAGCAGCUGUUGCAGAUCUCCUCCUUCUUAUAAGGGAUAUUCGAAAUUUUCAGUUUCAUAAGGUGGUAGGGCUGGAUGUCUUGUUAUCUACUCUUGCGAAUGAUCAACCUCUUGUUGCUCAGAAAAUCACAAAAUUGCUUAUACCAUCAUACUUUCCCUCAAAAGUACCUAUUGAAGAGGCAUGCAGUCGCUGCAUUACACUAAUAAAAAGGUCUCCCAUGGCUGGAGCAAGGUUUUGUGAAUUUGCUGUAUCAGAAGGGGCAUCCCUUAAGUCUCUCAUGGAACUCGAUAGAGUAUUCAUUAGUUUGAUCUUGUCACCUGAUAAGCUAGAUGCAGAUCAAAUGGAGGGUUUACUUGUUGCUGCAUCCUACCUUUGCAACAGCCUAGCAAGUGAGCCAUGUUACAAACGUGCUCUAAACAAGUUACUUGACGGUGAAAAAGUGAAGUUCUUGUUUGCUGCUGCCUCUACUGCAUGUGCUCAAUCUUCUGUAAUUAAAAUCGUUUCCACCAUUUCUCCAGAUGAUGCAGCUGGGCUUUUUGAAGAAUGCAUGGGUUUGGUUACUAAUUGUAGUGGUAUAUCAGAUAAUGUGGAAAGGCAAGCCGAAGUGAGGUCUGCUCACAAGUUGUUCCUGUCUUGUGAUGGAUUUGAUGAUAUGUUUGAAGCUCUAACAGUGCGUUUGCAGAAAACUGCCUACCGUUGCCAUAUAAAAUUUGGAACUGAAAUACCAAAGAACAGUUUUUCCUCCACAAAAAGGAAGAAAUCUAUGUCUUCUGGAAAAAUUUCAGCUAAAUGGAAAUGUGUCGGUGGAAAGAAGGCAUUUGACUUUGAGAAGGAUUAUUCCAUUGCUGUUGGAAUAGCGUGGCAAAUCAGGGACUUGCUUACAUCAGAGGAUUCUCGGAAGGCUAUAUUGGGGUCUCAAACUCUAGAACUGUCAUUUAUUGCUUUAAAGAUCAUAUCUGAAGUCAGCAUUGUGCAGUGCAUGCAUUGCGAAUACAUGGACACAUCUCCCAUUCUGGCAUAUACAGUUCUUGCUCUGCAUAUGACUCUUCAAAAUGUUAGCAUAAAUAGUCAAAAAGAUUGUGGUACUAGGAACAAUAGUACUGAUUCCUCAAGAUCACUUCUGGAGCUGACAGUGUUGGAACAGACAAUGGAUCACAUGCUAAACUGUACAGAGAAGCUACUUGGAGCAGGUGACUCUGGAAAGUACAGCAAAUUACCCUCAGAACUUGGGCAAGCUAACAGUAAGACAGCCAGUAGCCAUCGACGAGGAAACAAAGAACCUCAAACAGAUGCCUCUAGUCCAAGUGCUCAUGCUUCUCCCAAUAUUGAACAAAAAAGAGUACUAAUUAAAGUGAAGAUGCUUACUGCAAGUCUCAAGUUCAUGGUUGAUGCCGCUAUGAUGGGUUUUCUUUCCCACUAUUAUGGACAGUUGUUAAAGUUCACAUCAAGAUAUGUACAAUACAUCAUUUCCGCUUUAGGGCAACAAUCUCAAGACCGAUUUCAGUUUGAGGAGGAAGAUUUGAAAGAUAUAGUUCUGUGUGUGAAGAGCUCCUUCACCUAUGCAGCGAAGUUGCUUAAUCUAGUUCACAGAGCUGUCAGUGAAGCUUCACCACUUCCUCCAGAAGCUUUUGAUGUUGCCAACAAUUUGCUUGAUCUAAUCACCUCAAUUGAAUUACACAUGGGCUCUGGUAAAGCAGCAAGUCUUGUUGCCGCAGCAAAGCCUUGGUUGCCCGAUUUGAUUCUGGCAUUAGGAUCCGUGAACAUACUGAAAGAGACUCAAGGAGAAGGGAUUGAUUUUCAUGCAUCUGAUCGCAUUAAGGUCCAUUUUCCAUCAUGGCUUUUGAGUUUAGCAAGGACUGAGCUUAGUGAAAUGAGUGAAGUUGGCCCAGAAAAGGAUGAUGAUGGCAGAGUUUCUGAAUCCGAGGACUUUUUAGUUUUCAAGAAACUUCUUGGAAUGAUUGUUACAUUGCUAAAAGGAAAUCCUAACGUACUGGAUGCAGUUGGGGUGAUUUUCUUAACUGGCUCAGUACUUGGGCUUGAAAGGAAAGACUUUGGGUUGGUAUUGGGACUCUUACACUUUGUUUGUAUGAAGUUAUUUAGUCGAGAUGACAAAGAGUGGGGUGAUAUGAUGUUGGCUUCUCUGCAAGAAAUCUAUCCUCAAAUAGAGAGAGAACUGGAAGAAGAAAAUGACGAAGAUGGAAGGCAGAAAUUACUUAGUGCAAAGGAGUUACUUGAACGUGUUUGGAUGUAUCAUAUUUAUGAAACAGGGAGGGUUACAAUGAUGGAAGAGUAGACGGACUUCUAAUUUUAUGAGAGGAAUAUGUGCUCUGAUCUUUUUUUUAAUAAUUAUUUUUAUUCAAAGAAAAUCAAAAUAUGAUGCAUGAUUUUUUAUCUAGCUGAUUGGCUCAAGAAAGGACCAAAUCUCAAAGGGUUCUGAUCAAUAUCAGUAUCAAUAUCAAUAUAUUAAUAAGAUAAGGUGAAACUUUUCAAA